AUGGGUCUGCUACGUGUCCUGGAGAAGGGGGUUGCCCUAAUCGCUAAAUCGGUAGUCAGGGUGCCGAAGGCUACCACAGUCAAGCUCAGUUUCGCUCAUGUGUCUGGUCCUCAUAGGUUGUUCAUUUUGGCAGAUUUGGUCCCUCGUUCGAGGUACGUGCGCCGAGGAGAUGAAGUAAUGGAACGGAGCAACGCUCUGCCUUCUGCACCCUGCGUGCUGUCAGAACAUCCGCACCUUGAACGACACGUGGCGUGUCCACUCAUGCGGAACGGCGCCAUCAAUGUGCCGUUUGGUUACUUGAGGCGUACCGUUCUAAUCCCUCGCCUUAUAAAUAGGAGUGGCGCCGGGCAAGAAGUUCACUUUGCAUAUGUGAGUGAAGCGAGAGCUCUGUACAGGCGAUUUUUGACGAAACCAAUCGGCAACCCAGGCUACCUUCCUUCAUCCGCAAUUCGAGAUAAGAUGUCCGAUAGCGAGUCACCGUUCGAGAGUGAGCCCAAUGCGUUUGAUGGGGAGUCAUCGGACGAUCAGUGGGAUACGAAUAGUGAGGCCGUGAGCCUCGAUGCUGAGGGGGAGAAGAUACCGAUGUCGAAAUAA